AAGGAAACUGCGAUUCAGGAGUAACUUGACUAAAGUCACACAGCUGCCACCGUGAGAUUCUGGGCUACUUGCCCUUCCUUGUCCACCAUCUACUUCCUCUUUGUCAUCUUUGCCGGGUCCACCAUUUUCCACUGCCUCCAGCGCCUGGCCCGGGUGCCCGCCCCCAGGCCUUACCGGGGUCACGUGGUCCUGUUCCCCAGACACCUGCCCUGGGGGGCCAUGUCCACCAUCAACUCCAAAGGCCGUCUGGGGAACCAGAUGGGGGAGUACGCUACCCUAUUUGCCCUGGCCAAGAUGAAUGGGCGGCCGGCCUUCAUCCCGCCCCAGAUGCACAGCACGCUGGCCCCCAUCUUCAGAAUCACCCUCCCCGUCCUGCACGACACCACGGCCAGCAGGAUCCCCUGGCAGAACUACCCCCUGAACGACUGGAUGGAAGAGCGGUACCGACACAUCCCGGGAGAGUACGUGCGCCUCACCGGCUACCCCUGCUCGUGGACCUUCUACCACCACCUCCGCGCCGAGAUCCUCCAGGAGUUCACCCUGCACGACCACGUGCGUGAGGAGGCCCAGAAUUUUCUGCGGGGUCUGCAGGUGAAUGGGAGCCGGCCGAGCACCUACGUAGGGGUCCACGUGCGCUGGGGGGACUACGUCCACGUUAUGCCCAACGUGUGGAAGGGCGUGGUGGCCAACCGGGGCUACCUGCAGCAGGCCCUGGACUGGUUCUGGGCUCGCUACCGCAGCCCACUCUUCGUGGGCACCUCUGGGCUCUGGGCCACCUGCCUCACGGGUGGGAACACCGUCUACCUGCCCAACUCCCCCUUCCACGUGGUCUUUAAGCGCCAGGUGGCCUUCCUGCCGAAGUGGGUAGGUACCGCAGCCAACCUGGGGCAGGCUAGAGAGAAUGGCCCCUAGCCCUGCUGUCCCUGCCUCACCCUUGGGCCCAACAGCAGUGUGUGGGGUGCA